GAGUGUCCCAGGGUGAUAAUCUUCGAAAACUCGUUGGUUGACUGCGGAUAUAGAUAUUUAGAAUUCAUGCAGGCACUCAAAAAGGAUCCGAGGAAAAUUAGUCUUGUUGAAGUAUUUCACUCCCAGAUACCAGACAGUAAACAGGAAGAAAUAGCGGCUGAUCUAAUGAAUAUCAAUGGGCGUAUCAAAUUCGUCAUAGCUACAAGUGCCUUAUCUAUGGGAUUUGAUGCAGCAGGGAUCCAAUACGUCAUCCAUUCGAAAAUGGCUCGUACGGCAGAGGAUUUCAUCCAGAUGAUUGGUCGGGCUGGGAGAAGUGCAAAUCUAAAGGCGAUAUGUAUUGUAUUUACGCACAACAAGACCAGGGAUAUGGACGGAGAGUGUCUUAUGUACCGCGACCAGAAUGGAACUUGCCGUAGGAUAAUACUUUCUGGUACCUUUAAAGGGGUACUCAAGCUGCAUGACAACGUUUAUAACGAUACUUGCUGCGAUGUUUGCAGACCUUCCCAAGACCCACUCAUUCAAAGACUCCGGGAACGGAAUAACAAGCAGAGGAGGUCGGAUGUAGACAUGCAACCUAGACGCACAGUGACGAAAGAAGAUAGGGAGUUCUUUGCAAAAGCGUUAGCAUGCCAGCUGACGUCCUAUAGUGACAACAGACCCUUUCUGGACUGUGAACUCACGGAAGGAGUCAUUAAACUUCUCACAAAUGAAUGCGGACAUAUUUUUAAUUUGGAAGAUAUUGAAGGAAUCGUGCCAGGACUGAGUGACAGGGUGAAGAGGGACAUACUAGUUAUAACUAACGAUAUAUUUUAAGUAACCUCGUCUCAAUUUUCGUUUAUCGCAAAAUAGCGGAGACCUAAUCAUGAGUCAACCGGUGAAUUACACAUUUGUUUGGAUAUAUUA